CAGUUUCUCUCUCAGAAACACCCAACCAUGGCUACCAAACUCCCUCUUCAAAACAGCAACAACGCCAAUGUUGCGAAACCUCCGAAAUCAUCUCGAACCGCCGCCGCCGGGAAGACGAUCGAGGAAAUGUAUCAGAAGAAAUCGCAGCUUGAGCACAUUCUGCUCCGUCCUGAUACAUACAUCGGAUCGAUUGAGAAACACACCCAAACGCUUUGGGUUUAUGAGCACGAUGAGAUGGUGAAUCGUUCUGUUACCUAUGUACCUGGAUUGUAUAAGAUCUUUGAUGAAAUUCUCGUGAACGCUGCUGAUAACAAACAGAGAGAUCCGUCGAUGGAUUCUGUUCAAGUUGUGAUUGAUGUUGAGCAGAAUCUGAUUAGUGUUUGUAACAGUGGAGCUGGAGUUCCUGUAGAGAUUCAUCAGGAAGAAGGUAUUUAUGUACCGGAGAUGAUAUUUGGUCAUUUGUUGACGAGUAGUAACUACGAUGAUAAUGUGAAGAAGACUACUGGUGGAAGAAACGGAUAUGGUGCUAAGCUUACUAAUAUCUUCUCUACUGAAUUCAUCAUCGAGACUGCAGAUGGGAAGAGACUCAAGAAGUAUAAGCAGGUCUUUGAGAACAAUAUGGGGAAGAAAUCUGAACCAGUUAUAACAAAGUGCAAUAAGAGUGAGAACUGGACGAAGGUUACAUUCAAACCUGAUUUGAAGAAGUUUAACAUGACUGAAUUAGAAGACGAUGUGGUUGCUCUAAUGAGUAAGCGAGUGUUUGAUAUUGCUGGAUGUUUGGGGAAGUCUGUCAAAGUUGAGCUGAAUGGGAAACAAAUACCAGUAAAGUCAUUCACUGAUUAUGUUGAUCUAUACCUAAGUGCAGCUAAUAAGUCAAGGGCGGAUGCCGAUCCUCUCCCAAGGUUGACUGAGAAAGUUAAUGACAGAUGGGAGGUUUGUGUGAGCUUAAGUGAAGGACAAUUUCAGCAGGUCAGCUUUGUCAACUCCAUAGCAACAAUCAAGGGUGGUACACAUGUUGAUUAUGUGACGAGUCAGAUCACAAACUAUAUUGUGGGUGUUGUGAACAAAAAGAAUAAAAACGCUAAUGUUAAGGCCCAUAAUGUGAAGAACCAUCUGUGGGUCUUUGUCAAUGCAUUGAUUGACAAUCCUGCUUUUGAUUCUCAAACAAAAGAAACCCUGACUCUUCGACAGAGCAGUUUCGGGUCGAAAUGUGAACUUUCAGAAGAUAUUCUGAAGAAAGUUGGAAAAUGUGGCGUAGUGGAGAAUUUGCUUUCAUGGGCAGAUUUCAAGCAGAGCAAAGAUCUAAAGAAAAGUGAUGGAGCCAAAACAGGGAGGGUUGUAGUUGAUAAGUUAGACGAUGCCGCCGAAGCUGGAGGGAAGAACUCUAGACACUGUACGUUGAUUUUGACUGAAGGAGACUCAGCAAAAUCUCUAGCUUUGGCGGGGAGGUCUGUCUUGGGUAAUGACUAUUGCGGUGUGUUUCCGCUUCGAGGAAAGCUAUUGAAUGUUAGGGAAGCCAGCACCACUCAGAUUACAAACAAUAAGGAAAUUGAGAACCUCAAGAAGAUCCUUGGACUAAAGCAACAUAUGAAGUACGAGAAUGUUAACUCAUUAAGAUAUGGCCAUAUGAUGAUCAUGACUGAUCAAGAUCAUGAUGGUUCUCAUAUAAAGGGGCUCUUAAUCAAUUUUAUUCACUCUUUCUGGCCGUCGUUACUCAAGGUUCCAUCAUUCCUGGUUGAGUUUAUAACACCCAUUGUGAAGGCUACGCAUAAGAAUACAAAAAAAGUUCUGUCAUUUUACUCAAUGCCUGAAUACGAAGACUGGAAAGAAAGUCUGAAGGGUAAUGCAAGCGGAUGGGAAAUCAAAUACUACAAGGGGUUGGGUACAAGUACGUCUGAGGAGGGCAAAGAGUACUUUAGUAAUCUUGGUCUUCACAAAAAGGAUUUUGUUUGGGAGGAUGAACAAGAUGGAGAAGCCAUUGAACUUGCUUUCAGUAAAAAGAAGAUCGAAGCCCGAAAAAAUUGGCUUUCGAACUAUGUGCCUGGCACUCAUCUUGAUCAGAGACAACCAAAAGUUACGUACAGUGACUUCGUGAACAAAGAACUGAUCUUGUUCUCCAUGGCGGAUCUUCAACGGUCAAUUCCCUCAAUGGUUGAUGGGCUCAAACCGGGUCAGAGAAAGAUACUUUUCGUUGCAUUCAAGAAAAUCGUACGUAAGGAAAUGAAGGUUGCCCAACUCUGUGGUUAUGUAUCAUCUAUGUCAGCUUAUCAUCAUGGAGAGCAGAGCCUUGCCAGUGCUAUCAUAGGCAUGGCGCAGGAUUACAUGGGCAGCAACAAUAUCAACUUACUUCAACCAAAUGGUCAAUUUGGUACACGAACUUCGGGUGGAAAAGAUGCAGCUAGUGCAAGAUACAUUUUCACUAAGCUCUCUCCAGUAACAAGGAUCUUGUUUCCCAAGGAUGAUGAUGUCCUUCUUAAUUACUUGACUGAAGACGGGCAAUCGAUAGAGCCAACUUGGUACAUGCCCAUCAUUCCAACUGUACUUGUCAAUGGCUCUGAAGGCAUUGGAACUGGGUGGAGCACGUUCAUACCAAACUAUAACCCUAGAGAGAUUGUUGCUAAUGUAAGGCGUCGACUUAAUGGUGAAAGUAUGCUGCCCAUGGAUCCUUGGUAUAGAGGUUUUAAAGGAACAAUUGAGAAAACUGCGUCCAAAGAAGGUGGUUGUACCUACACAAUCACUGGUCUAUAUGAGGAGGUUGAUGACACAACUAUUCGAGUUACGGAGUUGCCAAUCAGAAGGUGGAAUGAUGAUUAUAAACAAUUCUUGCAGUCAUUGAAGACAGAUAAUGGUGCCCCUUUUUUCCAGGAUAUCAAGGCUUACAAUGAUGAUAAAUCUGUUGAUUUUGACCUUAUUUUGAGUGAAGAGAACAUGCUGGCGGCUCGGCAAGAGGGCUUUCUGAAGAAAUUGAAACUCACCACGACAAUCGCUACAAGUAAUAUGCAUCUCUUUGACAAAAAAGGUGUGAUAAAGAAAUAUGCGACUCCAGAACAGAUCCUUGAAGAGUUCUUUGACCUCAGGUUUGAAUACUAUGAGAAGAGAAAGGAAACCAUGGUGAAGAAUAUGGAAAUUGAGCUGUUGAAACUAGAAAACAAAGUGAGGUUUAUUCUUGGAGUUCUCAGUGGAGAAAUCAUAGUGAACAAUAGGAAGAAAGCCGAUAUUGUUGAGGACUUAAGACAGAGAGGGUUCACACCAUUUCCGAAGAAGGCCGAGUCUGUCGAAGCUGCAAUUGCUGGAGCAGUUGAUGAUGCAGCUGAAGAACCUGAAGAAAUCUUAGUGGAUCCUGAAUCAAGCUCCACUAGUUAUAUACCUGGCUCAGAAUAUGACUACCUAUUGGCAAUGGCUAUAGGUUCGUUGACUAUAGAGAAAGUUGAGGAGUUAUUAGCAGACAGAGAUAAAACGAUUAAAGCAGUUGAAGACAUGAAAAAAACCACACCGAAAGCCCUCUGGCUCGGAGACCUAGAGUCUCUUGACAAGGAACUAGAUAAACUUGAUCUGAAAGAUGCUAAAGCUGAAGAGGAUAGAAAGGCAGCACAGGAAAAAAUCAGGAAGAAAUCUGGAGCAGCAGUAAAGGUUAAAAGGCAGGCACCAAAGAAACCAGCACCAAAGAAGACCACAAAGAAAGCCAGUGAAUCUGAAACAACAGAGGCUUCCUAUUCAGCAAUGGACACAGAUAACAACGUAGCAGAAGUGGUGAAGCCAAAAGGUAGACAAGCAGCAAAGAAGAAGGCUCCAGCAGCUGCAAAGGAGGUUGAAGAGGAUGACAUGUUGGAUCUAGCACAACGGCUUGCUCAAUACAAUUUCGGCUCAGCACCUGCGGAAUCAAGCAAAACAACUGAAACAUCGAAAGCAAUUGCUGUGGAUGACGAUGAUGAUGACGUGGUAGUGGAGGUUGCACCAGUAAAGAAAGGAGGAAGAAAACCGGCGGCAAGUAAAGCUGCAAAACCACCAGCAGCUCCGAGGAAACGAGGGAAGCAGACGGUUACUUCAACAGAGGUUGUGGCAAUUGGUGUGUCCCCGGAGAAGAAAGUGAGGAAGAUGAGAUCAUCUCCGUUUAACAAGAAGAGUAGUUCAGUGAUGAGCAGGUUGGCUAAUAAGGAAGAGGAGAGCAGCGAGAAUGUGGCUGGAAACUCAUCGUCUGAGAAAUCUGGAGGAGAUGUUGCUGCAAAAUCGAGGCCUCAAAGAGCGAAUAGGAGGAAAAUGACGUAUGUGUUGAGUGAUUCUGAGAGUGAAUCUGCGAAUGAUUCUGAGUUUGAUGACAUUGAAGACGAUGAAGAUGAUGAGUAGAGUGAGGAGAGAACUAACUCGGUUCUUGAUGUGAUUCAGUUUCAAACUUUUAGUUUCUCCCUCGUCUUCUUUGGAUUUGGUAUUACUCUGUAGAAAGACAUAUUUCUCUAACGUUUGUCACAAAACAUUAAGCGUUUGGUCUCAUUAAUCAUUCUCUCUUUUAAUUUUUUGCUGGCAUUAUUUUCCCUUUGUUUGGUUAAAAGAUAUGGAUCUUGUGUUAUCAUAAAUAAGCAGGAUUGUAUGAU